AUUGAUGGGAUGGGCAUCUUCGGGAGAUUAUAUGCAAGGAACGUUUUUGAAAUUUAGAACGAGAGAAGAUGCUAUUCAUUUUUGUGAAAAGCAAAAUUGGCCUUAUUAUAUUCAAACACCUCAUAAAGCAAGAAUUGGUCCAAAAUCAUAUGCGGCCAACUAUAGUUACUCGCCGGGUAAAUUACGUGUUCAUCACACGAAAUAAUUAUACGACACCUUGUACGUUUUCUAGAAUGAGACGAGUAGAAUAUUGACUCUUUGGCCGUAAGAGGAAGUGUGACUUAUUCCUGAAAGCCUUUUAUAGGUAUGCAAAAAUGGGCCUUAGCACAUACUUCAGUCUUCUUCUGAAUCAGACAAAGGCGCGGCGCAAUAAAGUGUUUGGUAUACAUCCUUUGUCUUCCCUUUGUCACCGUGGAAUUCCGAUCAUGUCUUUGAGCAAACGUAGUGCUUCUUUACUACUUCGCAUCUCACCAUCUUUCCUUAACUUGGCCACAAUCACAGUCCUAUCAAUCACACUAGUCCAAGCUUUCGAAAAGACAGAUCCAGGUAGAAGAUGGAAAGAAUGGUUGACUGCUCUAAGCGAGCAACCAACGAAAUUAGACAAAUGGGAAGAUGAUUAUAUCAUGGAGCGUUUAAAGAAUCAUCAAACUUAUUUUUCCGAUUUAGACUUUCAAACGGAAUCGGAGUCAUCGGAUGAAGGAGAUACCGUUAGCGAACCAAGUCCGAGUAGCAGUCAAGAACUAGCUGCAGGUCGCUAUAAGCUCAAGCUGUCUCUACAACGUAGUGUAUCUUUACCAAAUAUUCCCCAUUCUCCUGCUAAAGAUGUCGAAAAUAAUAAACGGGCAAGAGUACGAAUUAAGACAAGCUCACACGUUCAGCCAUCUGUCGUUCCGGAUAAUUUGAAAGAACCUUCUUCUUCUGUUCCGGCUGAAUCAAGCGCUGAUCCUAUUUCAGCAGAGAAUUCAUUUUCUGAUAUAAGCAUGUUACAACUUUCAUAUAUAGAAGCACAAAACCCAUGGACUAUUGUAGACCGCAGACCCAAGCAAUGA